AUGAAGGACAUGUCAAUGAUGGAUUAUUUGUUAGUGGGGCUUUCCAUGGCCACUAUUGUUUUAGCCGCAGAGGAGAGAGUCGAUUGCCCUAAGUUGUGCGUGUGUGAGGUCAGACCGUGGUUUUCACCCAGCUCUCUCUACAUGGAAGCGCCAACCGUUGACUGUAAUGACUUAGGACUGUUCAGCCUACCUGACACAUUCCCUGCUGACACACAAGUUGUAUUACUGCAGACCAACAACAUAGCUAAGAUUGAAAAACCUUUGGAUUACCUGGCCAACAUCACUGAGAUUGACCUGUCACAAAACAACCUGUCUUCAAUCAUUGAAAUCAAUCUUGGACACCUCCCACAGCUCUUGUCACUGCAUAUGGAAGAGAACUGGAUUAGAUCCCUGCCAGAUAAUGCUCUGUCGCAGCUGGUUAGCCUCCAGGAGCUGUACCUCAAUCACAACCUCAUCUCCUCAAUUUCUCCAGUGGCUUUUCAGGGCUUACACAGUCUCCUUAGGCUUCAUCUCAACUCUAACCGACUGCAGAGCAUCAGCAGCAAGUGGUUUGAGGCUCUGCCUAGUCUUGAGAUCCUGAUGAUCGGUGAGAACCCCGUCCUCACAAUACAAGACAUGAACUUCAAACCUCUGAGGAACUUAAGGAGCUUGGUCUUAACCAGGAUGAACCUAUCACAGUUACCAGAUGAUGCGCUGGCAGGUCUCGACAACCUGGAGAGCAUUUCAUUUUAUGACAACAUGUUCCCUGAGGUUCCUCGUGGGGCUCUGAGGCACCUGAAGAGCCUCAAGUUCUUAGAUCUCAAUAAGAACCCUAUUGGACGGAUAAAGAGGGGUGACUUUGUGGAUAUGUUCCAUCUUAAAGAGCUGGGUAUCAACAGCAUGCCAGAGCUAGUAUCCAUUGACAGCUUUGCUCUUAACAAUCUCCCAGAACUUACCAAGAUUGAAGCGACAAACAACCCCAAACUGUCUUACAUCCAUCCCAACGCCUUCUACAAAUUACCCCGAUUAGAAACACUCAUGCUGAAUGGUAAUGCCCUCAGUGCCCUUCACAGAAUCACCAUAGAGUCGCUGCCCAACCUGCGGGAGGUUAGUAUGCAUUCCAACCCAAUCCGCUGUGACUGUGUUGUUCGUUGGAUGAACAUGAACAAAACCAACAUACGCUUCAUGGAGCCUGAUUCUCUAUUUUGUGUUGAGCCACCAGAGUAUGAGGGCCAGCAUGUUCGACAGGUGCACUUCAGAGAAAUGAUGGAGAUCUGCCUGCCACUUAUCUCACCCGAGAGCCUACCUGCACAGGUAAGUGUGGAUAAUGGCAGCUCAGUGUCAUUGCACUGUCGUGCCUUCGCUGAACCAGAGCCAGACAUCUACUGGAUUACUCCAUCAGGGAAUAGAGUCCUGCCCAACACUGUGUCUGACAAGUACUACAUGCAUCCUGAGGGAACAUUUGACAUCUAUGAUGUCACAGAAAACGAAGCUGGCCUGUAUACAUGUGUAGCACACAAUCUUGUGGGUGCAGACCUCAAAUCUGUCUCGGUGGAGGUUAACGGAUAUUUCCCACAGCCUGGCAGUGGUUCCCUGAAUGUCAACAUCCAGUCAGUCCAGAGCAGCUCUGUGCUGGUGUCUUGGAAAGCGACCCAUAGCAGCCUUGCACCUAACAUCAAGUGGUACACCAUGUCCAGCACGAGUCACCCGACCGUAGCAUUCACGGCCAGGGUUCCGUCUGAUGUUAGAGUGUAUAAUCUCACACAUCUCAACCCAGCCACUCGGUACAAAGUGUGUGUGGAAGUUCACAGCAUCAACCAUAAACAUGACACCAAAUGCGUCAAUGUCACAACUAAAGGAGCAGAGUGGUUGGUAAAGGACACCGAGAAAUGGGAUGCGGCCAUAAUCGCGGUCUUUGGAGUGCUUCUCACUGUCAUCUCCGUGGCCUGCCUGCUUAUUUAUGUAUCUUUGAGGAACCAACACCUUUAUGGGGAUUUACGUAAAUGUUCAUCUAAAACAGUGCUGACACCAGAGACUGACCUGCACUUUCCUUUUACGAGGCUCUGGGUGUCUGGGAAAGGGAUGCCAGUGCCCAUGGAGGUGAAAGCCACAGUCAUAAACGAAUCAGACAAUACCUUUUAA